AUGCAGUCUUAUGGAGCAGAAGAUUGGGAAAAUUUAUCCAGCAUUUAUUCCCUUUAUUCUGAUGAUGGGUUCUAUCAGGAUGAUAAAUCCCAGCAGGAAGGUUUCGGUCCCUCUCAGAAUCAGCUACAAACAUCUUUGGAUUAUGGACUUUUUGAUGACCACAGGUUUGAUAUUUUGUCUCCAUUACCUCAAAUGUUUCUGGAGAAGACUGCUAAGCCAGGUGAAAUUCAAAAUGGCAUUCAAUAUGGUGUUGAGCAUGUUGCAACUUAUUUAACCUCGCUUAAACUGCCAAGAAAUUACCGCAAUCGGUUCAAACGUUCGAGCAGUGAUAAAACAAUUCAGCCAAGCAAGGACACACCCUUCACAAAGGUUAAAAGCCAAGGUUUGUCGACGGAGGAAAUCAUGAGGAUUGCUGGAGCAAACUUUAUUCAGUCCUCGACCAAAAUGGCUGAUGUUUCUUAUAUGCUUAAAAAUCCUUUUAAUCUUUCUCUCUCUGGCUUUUCCAGUGAAGAGACCAAGAAAGUCAAGCUAUCUGAAUCCCUUCUGGCUUCUGCUGAGCAAAGUAUGCUCUUCAAGCCCACCACCUUGGCAUGUCACCAUGAUGCGCCCUUCACUCAGCUGAUUGCACAGUUAUCUGGAAUCCAAGCCAUUAUUGAAAACGUGGCUGAUGCAAAGAGGAUUCAUGUGAUUUAUCUUCCAAUCAGGAAUGGAGUGCAAUGGACAGUGCUGAUGCAAGCUCUGCUGUCACAAUCUGAAUGCCUUCUUGAGCUUUUGAAGAUAACUGCUGUUGGGACUACUUCGAAACAUUCAAUGGAAGAGACUGAGAAUCUUUUUGAGCUGGAUGCUGAUGAAACAGUAGCUGUCUACUGUGAAUAUUUACUGAGGACCCUGCUUCCACUUCCUGAUGGACUGGAAGCUAUAUAUGAUAAGAGUGAUCAAAAAGCUCAAUCCAUGUAUAAUGGUGCUCAUGCCUAUUUUGAUUCACUUGAUGCUUGUAUGGAACCAGUUGACCAAAACAGGAUGAUUAUAGAAUCGAUGCACUUUGCUGAGGGAAUUCGGAAUACUGUGGCCACUGAGAGAGAAGAAAGGAAGAUUCGGAUUGCAAAGGUUGAAGUCAGGAGGGGAUUCUUUUCCCGUUUUGGGUUGGAGGAGACAGAACUGAGCACAUCAUCUCUGUCUCAAGCAUAUCUGGUGGUUAAGAAAUUUGCUUGCUGGAGUUCUUGCACUCUUGAUAUGGAUGAUAUUGCUUUAUUCUCAUAUGGAUAUUGCUUACUUCUCAAACGGACAUUGCCUUUGGCAUAA